UAUACCAGUCGUUUCCUCCGACGUCCCACAUAAACAACAUCUCCUCUCAUCAACACUACUGGUCUGUACUACAUCACCUGGGAUUCUCGAGAAUACCAUUCCUGCAGACCACAUCCCACAAAAUGUUUUACAAGGUUGCAGCAGUAAUAGUGCUCCUUGCUGGAUUGGCUACUGCCCUCCCUACAGAUCCGUAUGCUCCACCAACACUCUACAAGGAGGAUCCGAUUCCUUACAAUUACGCCUACGGCGUGAAGGACGACUACGCCGGAACAGAUUUCGGCCACAACGAGGACUCCGAUGGCAAAAGCGUCAAAGGAUCUUACACCGUACAGCUUCCCGACGGACGCAAGCAAACGGUGAACUAUGUUGCUGAUCAUUACAACGGUUACCAAGCUGAAGUGUCCUACUAUGGAGAGGCCCAGUACCCCCAUGAAUAUGGACCCCCAAUCACCUUCAAGCCCAAGGGAUACUCUGAGCCAGUCUAUAAGCCACAACCGGUUUACCAGUGAAACUCCAGGAUUAAGACUCCGAUCCCGUUGAUGUUUUGUUUCCGCUAGUCACUGUUAUGUAAAUUUUUUACAAUAAAAACUUGUUUGGUUGAGUUCCUAAAAAUGUAAUUAGUUUUUUCACAAAUAAACGUUUAUAAUACACAA